UCCAUCACUCCUACCUAUGUUUGUAUGGUACUGCAUAUCAAUAACAACCGAUGGAAAGGUGUACCAUUCAUUCUACGCGCUGGCAAAGCAUUGAACGAGCACAAAGCCGAGAUCCGAAUCCAGUUCAAAGACCUCGGAACCAGUCUGUUCGAGCCGGGUUCGGUCAAACGCAACGAGCUGGUCAUUCGCGUCCAGCCGAACGAAGCGGUCUAUGUGAAAUUGAACACCAAGACACCGGGGAUGCGUUUUGUGACCGAGGAGACUGAACUGGAUCUGACCUAUUCCACUCGGUACCAGCACAUUCAACUACCCGAUGCGUAUGAACGCUUGAUUUUGGACGUGUUUUGUGGCAGUCAGACUAAUUUUGUCCGCAAUGAUGAAUUGCGUGAGGCUUGGCGCAUUUUGACUCCGGUGUUGGAACGACUCGAACGUGAUCGUGUCAAACCAAUACCAUAUCCAUUUGGAAGUCGUGAUGGCCCGGCCGAGGCGAACAAGCUGCGCGAACGUGCAGGCUAUCAGUACUCAGGGACCUACAAAUGGCCUUUGGCCUCGAAUUCCAGUGCAACCGCAUGA